AUGACUAUUGAUCGGACAUGGCUUCAAAUUGUCAAAGUAAACCUUUGCGCUCAUAAUCCUUGCAGAAACAAUUCGGCAUGUAUCGAUCUUGGCACCAGUAUUAGAUGCCUGUGUCGACCUGGAUAUACAGGUCACAAUUGUGAAGUUAACAUCAACGACUGUUCAUCCAAUCCCUGCCUUCACAUGGGCACGUGCCACGACAGUGUCAAUGGUUACUGGUGUUCGUGCACGGAACCGCACGCGGGCUUUAACUGCGAGUUCACAUUUGACGUUUUUGCACCUCCUAUGGAAACCGAAAUUACAGAAGAAGCGAGCAAAAGUUAUCUCCAUAAUCUAUACAUCGUGGCUGGAACGCUGAUGGGCGCCAUUUGUAUUGUGGUUGCUGUGGUAACCACGUGCUAUUGUCGUCUGCAUGAAACCUACAAGAAAAUUAGAUGGAAGAGAUUGAGAUCGUUUGAAUUUAGAACUCCGAAAGGAAGUCUAGAAGUAUCCAGCCUCAACAAGCCUCGUCUCUCUACCGACGCCAUCAUGGAAGCCACAUCUUUGACAAGAGAUUUGCAUACCAGUUCAUCUUACAGUGAGACACUUUCAACAAGACUAGUGUAGACAAGGCACUGUGUAUACCGAUUCAAUUGAUAGAGAUGUGUUCAGAUGGUAAAAUAUGGAUAUGCUGUGGUAAUGCAUU